UAUUGUUUUGUUGGAUUCUUGAUCUAUUCACUGACUUUAUGGAUGAAACGACGUGUUUGUGAUGGCAAAGUAUCCGAUGUUGCAAUGCUGAUGUUAUUUGUUUGCAAUAUCUGACGACUUGUUCAAAAAAAGAGAGGCAAUAAUAAGAAUAUUCCAUCUCCAAAGAAGAAGAGUAGAAAGAGCUAGAAAUGAGCAACCAUACAAGAAGUAUAGCAGUUCAAUCAGCCAUGGAUGAAGAAGAAUAUGCUUCUAUGUCUAAGUUGCUACAAGAAUUUACAAGCAUCCCAGCCAUUGAUAAAGCAUGGACUUUCAAAUCUGAGACUGAAGAUGCUUCCACUGGAAUGUUCCUACUCAUGUCCAGCCAUCAAACAAGUCGUCAGAGAAAACGGUCCAGAUCAAGGGCCACCCAAUUGAGCAGAAAAGCAACUACUGUGGUUAAGUCUAAUCUUUGUUUACUGUUAGAAGACUAAAAAUUUGAUGACAAGUAACCUUAACGGCAUUGUCAUGUCUUGUUAUUAGAUUUCGAAAAAUUGUUAGAUUGAUAUUUGAAACUUGGUGCAAGAUAUUUUAAAUAGUUGUAAUGAAGAUGAUAAUUGAUUAUAUGUGAUUUGAUAUUUGUUGUUUA